CAGCAAUCCCGCCAAAGUGGACGAGAUGCUCACACUCGUCAAGCAGCGCAUAGAGCAGGCCAUCGGUCGUCUGGGGCUCGAGGAAGUCCUGGUCUUCGACGACGGUGGUCUGGAAGACGGCUUGAAGGCGGUGUAUGUGCUGGAGCAGGGCAGUGGUGAGGAAUGGCGGGCGAUGGGGCGGUUCAUUCGGCUGGCCGCCAUCUAUCAGCUCACUCCCAAUGCCACUCUGCCUCUGCGGCUGUCGGCUGAUGCGCUGCCCACCGCCACAGCCUUCCACCAGCUGCCGCUCAUCCUGGCCCUCUACAAGAUCAUCGGCCACCUCUUCACCUACAAGAGGACCAGCCUGCAGCUGCAGCAAGCCAGCAACGAUGCCUAUCGGAUCGGCAAUGUGUCGUUUCGUGUGCUGCAGGAGGGUGACAUGCUCGCCGGCCAUCCCUAUCGCCGCGGCUACCAGACAAGCGCUCCUGCUAUCCGCCGUGAUGUCUGGCUUUCCCCCUUCUUCUCGUCAUUCCUGGUGCGCACGAUGCUCGUGUCGUGGUGGCCGGAAGAGGGGGUGGACAACAGGAGGGUGCUGACAGCAAACAUCGGCCGUGAUGCCAACCGCCGUGGCCGUCUGAUGAGAGAGGUCAUUAGCGAGCGGCAGGGGGGCAUCACUGUGGACGACCGCUGGGACGAAGGCAAUAUGAAUCAUGCCAACCCUGUCGACUUUCGUCGUGUGAUUGUGAGUGGCUUCCGGCCCGGUGAGAGGGUCGCUGCCUAUCUGUAUGUAGGCGUGGGCUUCAUCAACCUGCGCAUGACCGAGGCACGUGUUGGCCAUCGGUCUCAGCGGCUCGCCAACCGCUUCCCGCAGUCGAUGCCCUCCUGAUGUGCCAUGCUGAGCCACUUCGAGCUCGAGAACGACGUCAUCAACAGAGGGAGGGUGGUGGGAUGAGGCAGGAGGGACAGAUAUGUGUGUGUGUGUAUGUGUGUGGUGGAGGGGGGCUGACCGUCUUGAUUGGGUAAAGUGGCUGAUCGCAUUCAUGAAAUGGAAUGGAUGGAUGUCGUCUUUUCUUUUAUAUGCAUACAUGAAUGCAUGAAUGUCCAAAGUCGCGGAUGCAUUCAUGGUGUGCGUGACUGUCUGGCUGUCCGUGCAUUCAAUGAGUCUGUCCGGUCGCAUGAAUGCAGAACAGAGCUGGUGGACUCGAGUGGUGCCGUUCACAUAUAUAUACAUUUAUCUCUCAAC